CAAACCUCCAUUGUCCCAUCCUCAGCGUCUUCUCCCCGAGCCCAGCACCACCCUCCUCGAUCCCAAAGACCAGAAAGAUUUUGCCUUUCCUCUUAUCUUCUCCUCAAAUUCAAUUCCUCGUAAUCUCCCUUAUUGGCAUCGAUUCCUUCGAUCUUCUCCGCUACCCCCUCCCGUUUCCCGCUGCUUAUUGAGUUUUGGACUCUGCAUGAGUCUAUCAACUCGCCCUUGUUAAAGGAUUCAUUGUCCAAUUGCGGUAGCUCGCGCGGCAAGAUUCGGUUUUUGAGUCGGUGCGCGACGGUAGUGGUCCAGAUUGCUGAGCCCGGCUCGACGUUCUGGCCUGAGACCUAAUUCGGUGGCAUUGUGGUGUGGUGAUGGAGCAGGGGAGGAAUCAACAGCACCCGCAGCAGUUGUCGAGUCCGCCUGUUUUGGCCGCCGCGAGCGAGAUAAAGGCCCCUGCGGUGCCUUCGCAACAGCCCAAGCCGGCGGCCCCCGUGAUGUCGGUGCCUAGACAGUGGCCGAUAGCUUUCAACCCCCUGAAGUCCUCCACUGAAGAAAAAAGUGUUACUCCAAAGAAAAAGAAGCAUUGUAAUUGUAGAAACUCAAAAUGUUUGAAGAUGUACUGUGAAUGCUUUCAAGAACUUCAAUACUGUGAUGGCUGCAACUGUUCAAAUUGUGGAAACAUUGUUGGGAAUGAGAAUGCCAGAAACGAAGCAAUUGAGGCAAUUCGUCAGCGUAAUCCGUCUGCUUUUCAGCCUAAAAUUGGAAAUGACUCAAAUACACUCAACGUUCGAAAGGAUAAUUCUGGAGCAGUCCCUCUCGUAGCAAAGCACCAUAAAGGUUGUCAUUGCAAGAAGUCAGGAUGCCUAAAGAAGUACUGUGAAUGCUACCAAGCAAAUGUUUUUUGCUCCAAAAAUUGUAGAUGCAUGCACUGUAAGAACUCUGAAGGAAAUAAAGAUACAGAAACUUCAAUUCAAAGGGACCAUGCAUCUGACAGAAAUCAUAUUGAACAAGCAGCUAAUAUAGCAUUCAAUGGUAGUGUUGGAUCAUCAGGAUAUAUUUGUUCCCUUAGUAGAAAAAGAUCUCAUGAAGACACCCAAUGUGUUAGGAUAAACUCUGAAGGAAGCAUGCCAGAGACACAAUAUCAACAGGGUAACCAUGCAGAUGUUUCAAUGCUUCCACCCUGUUCCACAGGAUUUGAUGGGCACAAUGCUGCCAAUACUAAACCGUAUAACCCAAACUACAGGUCUCCACUGGCAAACACCAUCCACCUCAGUGAGGUCAAUGAUCUAGUCAAGCAGUUGGUGAUGGUUUGCAGAAUGGCUGCAGCGACAAUAGCUGAUGAUGAAACAGAUUUGAUUGCUGAAGAGAAGGGAUCCCAGUCAAAUAAUGGGUUAAGCAAUGGUAACUGCAAACAGCAGGACUUCAAAGAAGCCUCCUCCAUGGUCAUCCUUAGCGAAGGAUGUAGUGACCAACCCAACAUCGAUGAAACGGGCUCCCAUCGGUCUAAAACAUUGGAUUUUUCUAGGCCUGCAUCUCCAACAACACAAGCACUAAUGUGUGAUGAACAGGAUGCCACAUUUGGAAAUGAGCCUGCAUCUCCAACAACACAAGCACUGAUGUGUGAAGAACAGAAUACCACAUUUGGAAAUGAUUAUAGAAGUUCAUUUCCUUUGGUUUCGUGUGAUCAAGAUAUUUCUGAGAUAAAUGCUGCACAAGAAAACCUAGUAUUGACUGGGUUGCGAGAGUAUCUCCGGGUGAUUAUCACACGUGGAAAAAUAAAUGAACACAAAUCCUCAUUAGAGGCAGCAAUGGAAUUGGAUGCCCAACAGCAUCAUGGAGCACCACCUGCCCUUUCUGCAACAGAAGAUGAAGAAAAAUCUCCUCCUUCAAGCACUAUUGAAACCCCAAGAACUAAUCAACAGCCUACACCAAAUGGUGGAUCGAAAGAUAGUAUUGGAAGCUAAAUAAAACUCGGUACAGAAUUCAGCCUCUUCAUUUCAAGACGCCUGCACUGCAAAUGAUUUCGGUACAUAGAUCGGCAUUGGGCGAGAUAGAUACUAUAGUUUUUGUUGCCAUUUCUGGCAACAGGCCUUGUAGGAAAUGAACUACCAUUCAUGCAUUAGACGUUUAGUAGCAGGAAACAAAAGUUGCCUGCUACAUCGUGUUGUAAUUUAAUAAAUGAUAAUUUUCAUUGUUCGAUGCUCGAGUUGACU